UUGAAUACGAACCGCAGUGGACUCUGUUGUUUGGUUGAUGUGGGUUGCCGGGGCAACGGGGCGACGCUGGCUUCCACUGUCCAGCUGCACGCGGAGAUCGACCGUCAUUCCGGACAGAUGUCGAAGCGGCGCUCGCGGGCCUCGGGCGCCAUGGUCUCCUACGCGGAAGUGAAGAAUUACCUUUCUCAGAGGGAGAUCCCUCAACUCUUUGAAAGCCUUAUGGCUGGACUCAUGUACCACCGGCCAGAGAACCACAUCGGAUAUCUCCAGACUUGCCUGGACGAGGUGAGGUCCGGCAGCGAGACUAGAGUGCAGUGGAGCACUUUCGUCAACGCCAAAAAGAGAAAAUCUAAAGAUAUAUUGCCGCCACUUACCCCUAAAAAGCAGGAUUCCUUCUCAUCCUGGUCUGAUAAUUCCCGCCAGAGUACUCCCUUGCCACCCAUCAGCGCAAAAGCCAGAACUCCACCAGAGUCCAAGAAUACAUACAUCCUGUACCACAACCCGCCGCCGGUCCUCGCCAAGCCUCAGGUACCCGUCCUAUUUGUGUUGGGAGGUCCCGGAGCCAAGACAGACGAGCUAUGCGAACAGGUUGUAGCGCGCCUUAGAGGUUUGGUCCACAUCUCGAUCUGUUCCAUGCUGAAGACGCGGAUGACAAUCGAAGGCUUUCACAGGCUGACCUCUGUCCCUGCCUGCGCUGUCGUUGAUUCCGUUUUGCAAGCUAUGUCCAUGGUGAAAAGCGCCGGAGCACUCCUAGUGGCCGGAUUUCCCAGGAAUCGCGGAGACAUCGAAGAGUAUCGCAGCCGAGGAGUGCGCAUGGACGGAGUUGUUCUUGUCGACUUCGAAGAAGAUGCACUUCGCCGCUUCCUCAAGCAUGAAAUGUCUAAUACUGCAGACGUGGAGUUGGAAUUAGAACGCUACAAGCAGGAUAUCAUAUCCGUCGCCGAAUACUACGACAAUAAAGAUCUUCUGACUGUGGUGAUGGGCGACCAGGAUAUGGAGGAUAUUAUCGAAGACCUUGUUCUCUCGGUGGAUAGGGUAAUUGAAACGAGAAAAAACACGGAAGGAUUCUGGGACGAUGAUGAAGCGGGAAAUCCUCCAAGAGGAAGGCCUUCUACUGUAGAGAUCAGAGAUGCAACUGAGGAAGAUCUGGCUUCCAUGCAAACAGAAAGUUAUAAAGUAAAAACUGUGCCCAGUCUUGAAGGAAACGAGAAAGAGGGUGAUAUAGCGAACGAUGACGAUAUGCUUCAAGGAGCCAAUGCAGAGAAGUCUUUCGAUGAGAGCGAAAGUGACGAAACCAAAGCAAGAUCUGAAAUGGAAUAUUCUACUGAUUCCAAACUUCUAGAAGAAGAUGACCGAAAGGAAAUCGUCAAAAUGGAACAUACUUCUCCAAUUAUUGAUGACACAAAUGACCAGAAACCCGAAGAAACUGCAGAAGAUAAACAAGAAGUAACGGUAGAUGACGAGUUACCUACCCAACGAAUUCCAUUACUGUGUGCCCUCGAAAAUCUGAACUUAACUUAUGAAGAAAAAAUCCGCGAUUUCAUAGCCAACGAACUGGGAAUGUGCUUCAUCGAUUAUUGCCAACUUGUUCUUGACGAUAAAACUUCAAACUCAAUUGAAGGACUUCGCUUGUUACAAAAUGUUUUGAAACAAGAUGAAGUGUCCUAUUCAAAGGGAUUCUUCAUUUAUAAAUUUCCCUUCGAGUUACUUGAUGUUAGAAAUGUAGAAAAAAUUUUAAAAUUAGGAUAUGUCAGUUUUAUUAGCGAUGAAACAAAGGGUGAAACGCAAGAACUGAAUCUUCUUCUCCAGUCGUCAUUACGAGACAGAAUUGGCUUAAUAUCUACGACAGAGAAUAAACUGGAAGAUGAAUUAAGACACUUCUUACAAGAUUUCAAGAGUGUGACUAACGAAGGAUGUCUACAAAGUCAAUCUAUAGACAAUCUUGAGUUGAAUAAGGAAACAAAUAGUGUUGAAAAAUCAAAUAACGUUGAAGAAACUAACGAUCACAUUCCAAAUGCAGUAGAAUCAGAAACUGGUGAAAAGGAUGUACAUAGUAAAAAUAACAUUGACGAUGAUAUUGCAUUGUUGGAAAACAAAUCGACAAAGCAGUCGGCAACUGAUGAAAAUUUACAUUCCGAGGAAUCUGAUAAAGAAAGUUCGAAAGAAAGCGUUACAGACAGUACGAAAGAUGAAAUUGUUGUAGGAAUUCAUAACAAUAAUAAGCAAAUUCAUGAAGUGCCUGAAGAAAUUGCUGUCAGUUCGGAAGAAUUAAAACAGGAAGCUGCGAUCAAUGAGGAAAUCCAGUUAGAUGAGAAAAGUGAAACGUCAGAAAAUGGAAAGACAUCGAAAGAAGAAGACACGAAUGAAGAAGAGAGGAAAGUAGAUAAUGAAACUGCCAGCGGUUCUGAAAUCAUUCCUGAUGUCGUAAAAGAUGAUCAGUCCAUUAAAUCCGAUGACCCAGCAGAGGAGACUGAAAUGAAGCAGACCUGCAGUGCAGAUCAAGUACAAAAUUCAGACCAAGAGGAAAAUGAUAAUAAAAACAGUAAUGAAGAAUCGGAAAUGGAUGAAAUGCGUCAAGAAAUUGAAGGGGAUGAAAGUUCUGCUUCUGCUAAAGAGAAUAUGGCAAAUCAAGAAUCGUAUGAAGACAGUCAAAUUUCUUGUGCAGACCAAAGUGGGCCUUCUGGUCAAGAAAAGAUGCCUGUUGAACAGGAACCUUCAGAAAACCAAGAAAAUGAGGAUAUAUCUCUUGAAAACGAUAACAAACAGACAAACGAAGAAAAUGGAGAAUCUGAAGUGAAUGCUUCCUCCAAUAGUGAAUCGACACCCGGAAAACGAAAGGAUUCCAUUCCCUCUGAGGAGAAAAGUGAAUCUCAACCAACCGAAAAUCCAACCUUAGAAGGAAAGGAAAAGUUAGAGGGAGGAGUUGAUAACACGGAUGUCACCAUAAAUGAACCUGAAGAAAUGACAGAAUUAGCCACCGAUAAGCAAGAACCGCCAAGAGGUGUUGAUGAAGACCCAGUUUCGGAACAAGAAAUUCCAAUUAAAGACUCUGACACUGUUUCAUUAAUAAACGAUGAAUCCGAUGCAGCAAAAGAGCAAAAAAUGCAAAUGAACAGUGAAGAUUACGCCGAGAAAAGCGAAGAUCAUGCUUCAGGGGAUAAUGAGCAGUCUGGAAAUGUGCCUGUUGCUGAAAGUGACGAGUCAGAACAAGUGAUUCAACGAACCGAAAAUGAGGGAAUGCCACCUCCAAAAAUUAGUGAUAUAGAUGUGGAAAAAGAACAUGAAAGAAUAGAGGAAGAUCGUGAAAAAAGUGUAGAAGAAGUAAAUCAAAGCCAUGAGACUGAUACUGAUGUUUCAACAACAUCUGUUGUUAAAAGUGAUGUUCUUGAUGAAGAUAACGAUACAACUGAAAAAUUAACCGAACAGGAAAAUGCCUCUCCAGAAAAUGAAAGAGAAAAUCCUGCUGUACAUGAAAAUGGAAGUUUCGCCGAGGGAAGAGAACAACAUGACGAAGAAAUCAAUGAAAAGAAUCUUGAAGGUGAAGUUCUUGAACAAGAGCAGGAUUUGUCUGAAAAACUCAUAAAUUCUUCUAACAAUAAUUUAGAUGUGGAAGAAAAUAUCACAUGUACAUCAGAAAACAGUGAAAAUAAUAAUGGCGAAAAGAGUCAUGAAAUUGAGAAAAAAGAUGAAUCAGAAGAAAAAAGUCAUAAUCUUGCAGGACAAGAGGAAGACGAAGAAAGAAGAUAUGAUCAUGAGGAACAAGAUGAUUAUGCAGGAAAAAGUUAUGAGGAAGAAUAUGCACCGAACGAAAAAUGUCAAGAGCUUAAAGUACAAGAAGAAUCUGGAGAAAAAUUUCAUGAACUUGAGGGAAAAGAAAAUUCAGGGGAGGGAAAUCAUGAACUAAAAGUCAAAGAUGAAUCAGCAGAUAAAAAUCAGGAAUUAGACGCACAAGAUGAUUCGGAAAGGGAAAAUGAUGAACUAGAAGAGAAAGAUGAAUCGGCAUAUAAAAGUCAUGAAGUUGAGGAAAAAGAUGAAUCGAAUUCUGUUGCUGAAGAAGUUAUUUCAGAAGCAAAUAGAGAGAAAAAUUCAGAAUGUAGAUCACCAUCUCCUUCUGAAAAGUCUCUCGACGUUUGCGAGAACGAUGAUGAGAGAGUCAAAGAAAACUCUAAAGAUCAAGAAGACGGAAAUCUCAAUGACAAGAAGCUACUUCCUAAGCCUGAUGCCGAAAGCGAAACAGAAAUUAAAGCGUAUUCAGAGCAAGAUGAAGGAAAUGUAACCGCGUCAGCUGGAAGCGAACAUCUGGAUGAUCAUGACGAAAAUGCAGUAAAUUCCCAGCCUGACAAUCAAGUUUCAGAUGUUAUAGAGGCUACCACCACAGAGUCAGAAGAACAGAAUCAGAAGGCAGAAGAAUCAGAGAAAGAGGAAAGUCAGAAUGAGAAUUCUAUCGCUACUGAUAAUCUUCCAAAUGUGACUCCAGAUCAGCCAAUGGAAGGCAGGGAUGAAGAAGAGAACCCAAUCCAUUCAGAUGCUUCAGUCGAAGAUUCCAGAACAAUCCAACGAGAAGAUGACACAGAAGUAUUUGAAAGAACAUGGAAGGAUUCGGACAAAACUGCCCAAGACUCAUUUAGCGCAAAGCGUCGCAAUGGGAGCAGCAGGCAGAAAGGUGCUGAUGAAGACGACGCGGAGGAACAAGAACGGAGUUCUAGCAGUUCCAGAGGAGAACUUUGAAGAUGCAGUCUCCAGUUUGUUUCAUUAUAGAGCAUUCAAAUAUGACACAGAGUGAUGGAUUUUUCACGCCCUUAUUGUUGCUGCAUAUUAAAUGACUGCGAAUACUCUAGCAAUUACGUGCUGCCUUCAGUGCAAUAUGAGCUUUCUCUUGUCAAUCACGUGUGGCAGCGAUGAGAAUAAUAAUUAAACAAGCUGUAUCUGGGUCUGUAAAACAAAGAAUUAUUCGUCAAGUCUUUCCUGGAGGAAAAUAUCUCAGGUUCCAGAAUUUCGACCAGGCUUCGCAGAAACCUGGAGAAUAAUGUAGGUUGGUAGGACAUGCUGCCAAGUCUCUGUUAUAAUACAGAUUUAGCCUCCAGUGUUAUCAGAGAUAUUUGAGCGUAGAUAUGAACCCAACCACUUUGUUAAAAGAGAGGAUAAAAUUGCUUCCAGGACAUUGGGAAAGCUUCAUUGCCGUACAAGGAAUUAUUUCGAAUAAUGACUUUCUAUUCAAGUAUGUAACCAUGCUAAUUUUCAGUCAUUCUGUUCUUCUGAGUCCUGUUUGAGUGCUCCAGUAAAUCCAUCUAAGACUAACUUUAAAUUUUCUUCGGAGAUAAUAAAAACUCCCGUGCCAAAUUUAUACAGAAAGAAAUAUAAAUUAAUCUACAUAUUUGCUUCCUUCUUUUCCUGUCUUUCAGAAUGAUUACAACAUGGAUGUACAGAGAUGUAAUUAUAACAUGUUUUGAAAAUCUGGUCCUCCACGUCUGUAUGAAAACAAAAUCAUGAACUGAUUGUUAUGUAUUUUCUCGUAAGAUAGAAUCAAAGGUGAAUAUAUAAUUUGAAAUAUGUCAUACUAUUUCGAAGAUUUUGUACAUAAAAUUAAAUGUGAAAAUUAUCUGUAGCGGAAUUUCUCCAUUGCCCAUUAAAAGACAUAUUUAAAAAAUC